GACAGAAAUACGUCGAGAGCUACGCCGGUGAACAAUUUAUUUCAAUUAUAAUGAGAGAGCUCUUUGCAGACGUUGUGUGUUCUCGUGUCUUGUAGAUCAAUCAUUCAACUUCAUUAUUUAACGCGUACACGGUCGUGAUAAGUUUUGUGUAUCGAAUAAUGCUUUGGGAUGAAACAUUAGUGACGUCUCGAGCUACAGCCUUGGAUAUUAUGGUUACAAGAAAAGGUGUAUUUUGAAAAUACAUCCAGUGUUUUCUGAUUGAAAACGUCUGUGAAGUAUUAGUUGACUGUGCAGUGAUAUUGUUUUGUGUGUGUAGUGACGUUACUGCGUUGCUAUGUCCGGAGGUAGGAGCAUUGACAAGGAGCGAAAGUCUCCCAGGGAAAGCGGGGAGGAUUCAGAGGAUGAGAGUGAAAUCCUGGAGGAGAGCCCGUGCGGACGGUGGCUAAAACGCCGUGAAGAGGUGGAACAGCGGGAUGUGCCCGGCAUCGACUGCGCUCACCUCGCGAUGGACACAGAGGAAGGCGUGGAGGUGGUCUGGAACGAGGUGCAGUUCUCAGAGAGGAAGAACUUCAAGGCGCAGGAGGACAAGAUUCAAAUGGUGUUCGAUAACUUGACAAGGUUGGAGCACCCGAACAUUGUCAAGUUUCAUCGGUAUUGGACGGACACGCACAAUGACAAGCCCAGGGUAAUCUUCAUAACGGAGUACAUGUCCUGCGGGUCGCUGAAGCAGUUCUUGAAGAGGACGAAACGUAACGUGAAGAGGCUGCCGCUGCAAGCUUGGAAGCGAUGGUGCACGCAGAUCUUGUCGGCGCUCAGCUACCUCCACGGCUGCGUGCCUCCGAUCGUGCACGGCAACCUGACCUGCGACACCAUCUUCAUCCAACACAACGGCCUCGUGAAGAUCGGCUCCGUCGCGCCCGACGCCAUCCACCACCACGUCAAGACUUGCCGCGAAAACAUGAGGAACAUGCACCUCAUUGCACCCGAAUAUGGAUCAUCGCAAAUGGUGACGCCAGCGAUGGAUAUCUACUCGUUCGGAAUGUGCGCGUUGGAGACAGCAGCUCUUGAGAUUCAGGGCAAUGGCGACUCGGGCAGCCACGUCACGGAAGAGCACAUCAUUCGUACAGUCGAAUCUUUGGAGGAGUCGAGGCAGAAGGACUUCAUUUACAGGUGUAUAAAUAAAGAUCCCGCGAAGAGGCCCACGGCCAGAGAACUGCUCUUCCACCCGUUACUGUUUGAAGUUCACUCCUUGAAGUUGUUAGCUGCGCACACCCUGGUUAAUACUACAGCGAAUAUAUCGGAGACGAUAACGGACGAAGUCGCCGGUGGGUCGAGCGGCGGCGCGCUGGCGUGGUGCAUCCGCGGCGGCGAGCGAGUGGAGCUGGCGGCCAAGGAUCUGCAGCCUCACGCUGAGAAACUAGAAAAGUUCGUCGAAGACGUCAAAUACGGCAUCUACCCGCUGACUGCGUACGGACGCUGCGGCGCGGGCGGGCGCUCGUCGUCGCCGGCGGAGCGCGCGCUGGAGAGCGCGCCGGCCGCGGAGCCCGAGGCGCGCGACGUGGAGACGCGGCGCGUCGUCAACAUGAUGUGCAGCCUCAAGCCGCAGCCGCACGCGCACGCGCAUGCGCCGCCGCACGCGCAUCCGCCGCACCACGCGCACAAGCAUCGCGACGACGCGCUGAUGACGAUCCUGCUGCGCAUGGACGACAAGAUGAACCGGCAGCUGACGUGCGCCGUGUCGGCCCGCGACUGCGCGCCCGCGCUCGCCGCCGACCUCGUGCAGCUCGGCUUCAUACACGAGGCUGACCGCGACAAGCUGUGCCGGCUGAUGGAGGAGUCCCUGCGCAGCAGCUUCGGGUCGCAGUCUCCUCCCCCCUCCCCCUCCCCCUCGCCGUCGCCCUCCCCCUCGCCCUCGCCGGCGCCGGCCGCGCUGCCGCACCGCGCGCCGCAGCACGUGGCCAGCUAGUGCCGUCCCUCUCGCACCCCGCCGCCAUUCCACAGGUUUACUACUACCGCGAGGGUUUGAGUGAGUCGUGAAACAAUAUUAUUCUGAUUGCUAACCGAUUGACGAAGAUUUUCAUUAUUUUGGUUGAUUUUUUAUUUUCUUUUGUUUUUUUAUUUUAAACCGGCCCCGAUAUACACAUCGUCACCGAUUUGUUAAUUAUAUAUUUUUUUUAUUUCUACCGUACAUUGAAGCGAUCCGCAACAUGACACUUGUACGUCCCGUCUCAGUUACACACCUCGUUUGCCGAAGAAACGAUAAAUCUAUCGGCUCGCUUGCCGAGAUAUUCUAACAUUGGUGGCAUCCGACGUGACUUCUACGACCUGAUGCAUCUGACGAAUAUAGUUGCACAUAAUUUAUAUAUGUGUUUAACAUAUAUUAUUUAUGUGCGACUGGAACACAUUGGAUGAGCGCCAUGAACACAUACAUCGCAGCAGAACAACGGCCAUUUCUCUUUAUUUUUUAUUAAUUUAGAUUCAAAGUCUGUUAUUGAGUUGAUGUUAUUUUUUUAUGAUUUUUACAAAUAUUAUAAUAACUUCGUUUUGUGAUAAUAUUGUUCUACGACUAAACUCAAAAAAACUACACCCGAUGUAAUUUAUAACUGUAUUAUUCAUAAUUAUAAAACCGCUAUCGAGUGAAUUCAAUGAUUAAUUAAAAAAUAGUACAUCAUCAAUCUUAGUCACAAUACGAUCCCUUUCGCAAGAUAGCGGUAACGAAAUCCAAAAUUGUUAUUGUAAUUAGCAGUCAAUUUAAUUUUAAGCCAAAAUUAUUUAUUGAACUCCAAAAUUCACGAGUUAUCAAGUGGAAACGCAACUAUUUCGACAACGUGUAGUUAUGCUUUUUCUAAACUAGAAUAUCGAAGGCGUGGUUGGCGCUUUGGCCAUUUGUUACUUCCGAACACUUACCGUCAGCUGUGGUGUUCUAAAAGACUUGGCAGCCAUUUUGUGAACAGUUGAAAACAAAAUGGCGGCUCAGUGAUGGCAAAUUUGCAAGUAACUCGUAUUGCCGGGCAAAAUUUGAACGAAAAGGCAAUGUUUCAAUGUACAUGAAACUUGGUAAUGAAAACAAUUGUGAAUUUUAAUGAAAAUACAUCACGUGAUAUGGGAUUUUGAAAUUCGUAUAUUUUUUCAAUAAGUAGUUAUUAAGUUUCAUGUGCGCAUGUGUCUAUAUGAUAUUGUCAUCCUAUAGUCAACUAGUUUUCAUAAUCUAGUUCGUUAUCGUUCGUCACAAUUCCAGUUUUAUUAGAACGCCAUAGCUGCCUUAUAUAUAGUCAAAAGUCGUUGGCACAGCUCGCGAAGUACUCGCAGCUGGGGCCCGCGUCGUAGCCUAGUUGUACGCGUAUUUAUACUAGUGUCGGUUUAAUGAGAGAUUUUGUAUCGGAGGAAUAUUUUUCCAUUGUCAGGCCACGUUUUGUUAUUCCUAGCUAAGUAUUAUAGCUUAGACACAGUCGUAGGGGGAAUAAGUGGGUCCGGACAUUGACCAAAAUGCCUUCAAUGUGGGUUGAUGUAACACAUUGAUGCUGUUUAUCUCAUCAAUACUUACUAGAAUUAAGUCAUCUCGAUUACAUCACCUAUGUUGACGACAGUCUGUUACAGAUUAAUUUUAAAGGUGUGUAAAUAAAAUAGGAAACCCCGUUUAAAUGAAUUAUAUAGAUUGUUAAUUUGAGAUUCAAAUUUAUCUGUAAUGGGAUGAACUCUUGUUUCAAAAAAAUACGACGCUUUCUUUGAAAUUUCGAGUCAUUUUGAUCUUUGCGUGGAUAAGGUUAGAUUUCCAUUGAAAUGUCUUUUAUGUCUAGCUAAAUUAUACUAUCGCUCGGAGACAUAGCAGGCUUUGGUGGAAAACAGCCUGAACAAGGUCCAAAGUAGUUGAUUGCAUUUGACCUUCUUAACCAAGAGCUAGUCGGCGAAUCUUCUUCCUCGCUGCCGGAUUAGGCGCUUUUGAGGGAAUUGUAAAAAAAAACUCGUUAAGUGUAACUUUGUUAAGGCCCCGAAGUACGCUAAAUGGUGCCACUUUAUUUUAUACGAUUUGAAACUAAAAUGUUUUUGGGGAUUUUAUCUUUUGUCACCAAGCCCUUUUAGAGCAAUACCAAUUUCAUGUGACAACUGCUCAAUUCUGCCGACGUUAAGUCAAACAGGAUCAUGUCUCGAUUGCUAUUCAAUACUAGUGUUUUACGUACCAGUAACAAGUAUCGUUUGAAAUAUCACUUCUGAAAAAAAAACGUUGAAAUGCGAUUAUGGCAUGACGUUAGCAAAAUCGACAACCAGAACAGCAUUUGGACCAGUAAUAUUUUAUCAGUUGUCUUAGUGCUGACAUCUACGGUUGAAAAAGAUAAUUUUAAACUGACAUGCAUAAAGUCGUUUCAAAAUGAGUGGCGCCACUUUGUAUGCAUUGGGCGGUUAAUAUCGGCUCGUCGCAGCGGUUGGACAUCGAGAUUGCCUAGUUGUAGAUGUAUGAAUGUGUAAAUGUUAUGAUAUUUAAAAUAUUUAAUUAAUAUAUGUAUAGUGAGGCUUCCUCUUAGAGCUUUAUGGACGGUGAUAUGUAUACGGCGAACGGAUCAUACUCAGUAUAUUAGGUUUGUGUUAGCGAUCGGGCUUGGUGCGAACAAGGGAUUUUGUUAGACGAUUUCGGCGCUAUAAGUUAUAACUUAGUUCACUGGUCAUGUUCAUAGACUAUGUACAGUACUUGAACUGAAAAAAAUACAGUGAAAUGUUUUAUUAAUCUGUAUAAAGUUAGUGAGAUUUUCAUUAGAUUAGCUGGCCAUAAUCUUUGAAUUAGUGCUAUUCUCAAAAUAUUUUUUGUGUAAAUUUCAUUCCCUAAAAUGAUUUCAGCUCAAAUACUGACCGUAGUCUUGAAAAUGUUGCAGUUUAAAAAAAAUUGGUUAUAUUGUUGUACAAAAUUAUUCCGACUAUAAAAAAGGGUUAAAAUUAAAUUAGUGUUAAUUUUCUUAGUUGUCCGUCGAACAAGUAUAGCCUAAACACAUAUCUAGUGCCUACUUGAUAAACGGUUAUUUAAGGCGUCGUUAAACUUCAGCUUAGAUAAUAUUGCUAAUAAAGAUUUACAGGGAAUUCGGGAAAAUUGUAGAAAAUAAAAUCUUAAAACAAAGUGUUACAUAAAAGUUAACUAUGUCUAUCUAUCAUUUAAAGGUCCUACAUAAGCGAGAUAAAUAUACAUAGGUCGAUGAUUAAUAUUAGAUCGUAGAUUUUGUAUCUUUUGCACCAUGAUUCGGUUAAUCAUAAUAAGUAUUAUUGAUCACUUAUGAGUCAAUUAAAGAUUCAUCCAUACAAGAGUUUUGUAUAAGAUUUUUGUUCGUUAUAACACAAUUGAAAUCAUUAUGGUAACGUUAUAACAGCUGAGUGGAAGGUAACAUUCUUCUGAAAUGCUCAUGGCUUUAGCUUCUCCCUGUAAAUCUAUAAGCAGUGGUGCGUCGCCGACUAAGUCAAUUGUGUUAGGGUAAGGCGUAGAGCGGCAUUUAUGAUAUACGUAACGCAGUGGUGCUAGCAUCGGUUUGAGUUCAGAGGAUGGGCGGGACUUGCAAAGGAUUUUUUUUAUACUACUGAGCAAGCAAACAGGCUUUGGGCCCACCUGAUGGAAAGUGGUCACCGCUGUGUCACACAAAAGAAAUGUUAUUUCGUCAUGAAAACAUUAUGUACUUUAAUCUUUUAAUUUUUACUCUAGAGGCCUGUCUUAAAAAUGCCAGCAAAACUUGCCCUGCGUAACAUCAAUUGUGCUCUUAUGAGGAAUUUAGUUAGACAUUUUUUAUGUAGUUUAUUUGAAACAUUAUAUAAUAUACAACAAAAGUACCCUGCCCGUCCUCUUCGCAAAAAAUAAAAUCACGGCGCCUUGUUCCUAAAGUUUCGUUUAGUUUCUGGUGCUGAUUGCGAAUUUAUUUGAAAUUGUUGUUUAUGUUCGGUUCACUGGUGCCAAACUGCUAGGUGCCAAUAAAACGUUUAGUUUUAGCCGUCGACCGCUUUCGUUGCCUGUUGCAUCCCGAGCAUUUUUGUUUACAAUUUUUUACAUUUUAAAACACUAAUCUUGAUGUUUUUCUCGAUUAUCCAUUAUUGAAAUAUAAUCUUUUUCCUAUUUGAAGUACGAUAUAUUGUUGGUGUUAGAUUUAAACUUACAAACGCACAUAUUCCUAUUAGUUUUCUGACGAUACAACAGAACAAAUAGAUUUUUUGGUUAGUAUUUUCGAAAGUACUAUCCAAAACCCAAUUUAUAAAGAACCGAUAUGUUUAUCGAUAUCUAGACUAGAUAUCUUGUAACACUAAAGGUUUAUCAGUUUUCCAAGCGUUCAUUUUCAGUAAAUUUUAGUCCGGAAUGAACGCACACUGUUUUAUUAUUAUUUUUUCUGAAAUAGGAUCACGUUUAGUUUCAACAACAGAUCGUUUAUUCACUGCGAGUUUUUAUCGUUCCAUUUUGCACGAUUCUCGUACCACUUCGCCGGGAGUGUGAAGUUGGUAUAAGUAGGAACAACCAAUGAGCAGUUUAGUGAGAGCGGCGGCGGAGGGAGGGGGGGCGGAUGUAGCGUAGUGCAAACGAAAGACUGGGUAGCGUUACGUAUGUAGCUUGGUAAGGUGCGACGUACUGGGGCAAUGCCUCUCAUGCUUGUUCAGUUUUAUUGUGCUAUAUAUAUAUAUAUAUAUAUAUAUAAUAUAAUUAUAGAUAAUUUUGUAUACUUAUAGAUAUUAAAGUUCUAAAUUAAAUUCCAAAAUAAAAUAUGAGAAGUAUUGUUCCAGCACUGAGCAACGUCGGGAGGCAGGUAUCUAGCUAGUAAUGUGCGUUUCUUGUAAAUAUGGCUUCUAGUAUAACUAUAACUAUUAUAAAAAUACUUACGGUCUAUACCAACCGUCACUGGGGCCCUUGUAAAGUACUACUAAUUUUUUUACGUUUUGUUUUGAGGAGAAAAUAUACUUUUACAUUCUCAUUCAUUAUUGUAAAAAAUAGGUUUUAAAUUUUAUUUACCAUAUGGAAGAUAUUAAAGAAUACUAUAAUUUUUUGUCAUAUAUGCAUUUUGGUCGUUAACAUUUUUGUUCGGGCACAAUCUCUGGUCCUAUAUAAUUUGCAAUUACUUUCGUUCCACUAACAAUAAGUGAAUGUUAGUAGUUUUUUACAAGAGUUUCAUUACUGCGUACUUUUAUAACAUACCAUACAUAGUAUUUACUGCGACUUAUUAUUAUUUAUUUCAUUUUUUUUAUUUCUCUUAUUUCGUAAUGUUUUAAUUUAUUGUUAUUCCUUCCUGCGUCUAUUUUCACACGCCGAUCGAGAUAAUUUACGGAAUAUUGUCCUCAUUUUAUACAAAAAUGAUAUGACAAUAUGCAAUAGUAAUUAAUAAUAUCUGAUACAAUAUGUCUAUGGAGGAUAAAAUUAACGAGGGUGCUGUUCACGUUACUGGCAACACUGAGUAUUUAUCAACCAAUCACGACCACGAUAGAUACGGUGUUGCAAUGUUUAAAACAUCGUUUUUUAUUCUUUAUACACAGAUUGUACCUUUUAUUUAAUUUUGUAGAAGACACAGGAUCGUUUUGUUGCGGCGUCGAAGCUUUUAAUUCAUUGAUUUCACAUAAAGUACCUAUAUUAUCAGCACAAAUAUAUUUACCUAAGCAGUUUCUCUCAGGAUUGUCAAUUUUAUCUCGAUGCAACGACACUUUUGGUCAUGGAAGUAGUGAGUAACGACUAUUCGCUCGCUGUAAAAUCAAAACUGUGUAAUGCCAGCUCCACAUUAUCGACGAACUCUGACAGAUGCCGAUGCGAAUUCAUGAACAUUGCGUAGUUUGAGUUGUGCUUUUAUUUACCGCAAUGAAAAACCAGCAAUGUAUGCCGAACACGCCAAGUUCGGCGAACUGGUCCGCAAUAGAGUGGAGCCGGCAUAAAAAAUGGAUGGGAAGAAUUGGGAGAAACUGUACUUUUAGCAAUAAAUGUUACAUUGAGGUAUAUGAAUUACGUGUUUGUUCCUACGUUGUUUAUAUUUAUAUUUAAUGUCUUUAAGUUUUUUAUUAAUUCGCGAAGCUACAAAUUUGGAGACAUAACUUCAAAUAUCUUAUGGGUUGGUUAUCUAGCUUGGUCACCCUUGAAAAUAGUUGUAUGUGUUUAUUAUUAGCCAUGCCCGUUUUAAAACAACUAUUUUGCUUUGCAUGGGACUUAAAGAAGGCAUUGGCUUAAAAUUAUUUGCAAUAUUCAGCCGUACUCAAUCAAAUUUAAUUUAUACCAACAAAUGUUCAUAGAAGGGUAGAAAUCAAUUGUCAAUUGUCUCAUAAAUACUCGUAGAUAUUUGAAAUUAUAUCUCACUUUUAAUGUAUUACGAUAAAAAUGGACACAUUACCAAGGUACUUCCAGUUCGACUCAAUUGUAUAUAUAUAUAUAUAUAUUACUCUAUCGUGUUCCGACGUUUGCCCAAAGAAAGAAUGUGUUCAUUUUGUGAAAUUGUAAUUUUUGUUUUAUUCGAGUUAUUAUACUAUAAAAUGGAUUGAGAUUGGAACUAUAUUUAUUUGAUCCAGAGUUGCAUUUUCCACUCGAUUUUUUUUCUAUCGCAGUGCGUGGGUAAUGGAGUAUAAUUUAGCUGUAACUAUUAUUGUAUUAAUAUAAUCAUGCUCAAAUGACUUACGUAUAACCCAUUUCAAAUGAUCGAACGGUCGAGUGAUGUCUGCAUACUAUUCUAAAAUGAAAAUGUCAAUAAAGUUGUAUUUUAAAAAGGA